UAGACCACAACAAGCACCCACGGCCAGCACCCUAACAGCUGGACCUGGCGCGCUCCAGCCCCCCACACUAACAACACUCGCUGGAUGGCCCAGGCUCUCCUUAACACCUUCAGGAUGGCACCUAGGAGGGUCUUCGUGAUCGGGGUGGGCAUGACGAAGUUUGAGAAGCCUGGUCGGAGGGAUGACUUUGGCUAUCCAGUCAUGGCUAAAGAAGCUAUCGAAAAGGCCCUUCAAGAUUCUAAGAUUACAUAUGACAAGAUUGAACAUGCAUGUGUUGGAUAUGUCUACGGGGACUCCACCUGUGGUCAGCGUGCCUUGUAUGAAGUAGGCAUGACAGGUAUACCAGUGUACAAUGUCAACAACAACUGUUCGACAGGCUCAACAGCUCUUUUCAUGGCUCGCAAUCUUGUCUUGGGAGGGCAGGCGGAAUGUGUGCUUGCUCUUGGUUUUGAGAAAAUGGAACGUGGCUCUCUCAGUAAUAAGUAUACUGAUCGGGAGAACCCAAUAGAGAAGCAUGUAAUAUGCUUGGCAAAUAUGGCUGAUAUAGAGAAGGCUCCCAUUGCUGCACAGUUUUUUGGAAAUGCUGGUCUAGAACACAUGAAAAAAUAUGGAACUACUCCAGUUCACUUGGCCAAGAUAGCUUACAAGAAUCACCUACAUUCCACUAAUAAUCCAUACUCCCAGUUCCAAGACAAAUACUCUCUGGAGGAGAUAAUGAAUUCCCCAAAAGUGACAGGCCCUCUGACCAAGCUUCAGUGUUGUCCGACAUCUGAUGGUUCAGGAGCAGCAAUAUUGGCCUCCGAAGAUUUUGUAAUUGCUCAUAACCUGCAAAAUCAAGCUGUAGAAAUUCUUGCAAUGGAAAUGAUGACAGACCUGCCUUCCACUUUUGAAGAUGAGAGUGCCAUGAAGCUUGUGGGUUAUGACAUGACAAAGAAUGCAGCUCAAAAGGUGUAUGCAAAGGCUGGCUGUUCAGCCUCAGAUGUGGAUGUGAUUGAGCUUCAUGACUGCUUUUCUGCCAAUGAACUAAUUACUUAUGAAGCCCUUGGUCUGUGCGGAGAGGGCGAAGCUGGUAAAUUCAUUGAUUCUGGAAAUAAUACCUAUGGUGGAAAGUAUGUUGUGAACCCCUCUGGUGGACUCAUCUCGAAGGGUCAUCCUCUAGGGGCCACUGGCCUUGCACAGUGCUCCGAGCUGUGUUGGCAGCUGCGAGGUGAGGCAGGGAAACGUCAGGUCCCAGGGGCAAAAUUAGCUCUCCAGCACAAUCUUGGACUAGGGGGUGCCGUCGUUGUAACUUUAUACAAGAUGGGCUUCAGAGGAAAUGACCGGGGAAUUGUAGCAGCUGCUACAAAAGCUGCUGAAGGCUUUCAGAGUGCUGCCAUUUUUAAUGCUAUUCAAGAGGCAUUGAAGGCUGAUGGCCCUACACUAGUAAACAAGGUGAAGGGUGUGUAUUGCUUCGAAGUGAAGGGUGGUCCUGGUGGUAGUGAGGCCAAAUGGAUUGUUGAUGCAAAGAAUGGAUCAGGAUCUGUAACACUAAAUGGUGCAGCUAAACCAGACGUAACGAUUAGCAUGGCUGAUUCAGACCUUGUCGAUUUGAUGGAAGGGAAGUUAAACCCUCAGAAGGCCUUCUUCCAGGGCAAACUCAAAAUCAAAGGCAAUAUGGGUCUGGCUAUGAAACUGCAAGAAUUCCAGAAGCAAGCACAGCAGCUGAAGGCUAAAUUGUAGCUUCCCUAUGAAUAUGAUAUUUUCCCAGUAUUUCCAUUCUUUAUAAAUGCAAAAAUGACACACACUUCCUUCAACAUAAUUGUCAAACUUCAAACAACUAUCCAUCCAGUAUGAAUGACACCAGCUUCAAGUGUCAGACUUAAAUUGAACAAGAUUACUAUGAGAAAUAACCGGAAAGGUUCUGUAUUUGUUUCCUGCAAUUACUGCAGGUAAGGCAGAUAUAGAAUCUCGCCUAGUAGUACUGUUGAAUAUAGACAGUUUCAUGUGGUUAUAUAUCUUGCACAACUGUAUUGUCAAAAGCAAAUUUCACACUCCAACCUUGGUGCUAAUACAUUCAUAUUUGUAAAAAUUGAAUCAUACAGUUUUAAAUGUGGCGGUGAGAAAUAAAUUGUGUGAUAUUUAGUGUCAUUCAUUCGGAAGUACUCAAUUUUGUCCGCAAGUCCUGGACCUGGCUUCUCCUCGGGUAAUUUUAUAGUAAGCAUUCACAACUGAAGCAGUGGCAUUGAAGUGUUUCGGUCUUCAAUUUGUUGCUAGACUAAAGUUUAAAUUUAAAAGGAUUUUUGUUUUUUGUAAGAUUUUGCAGAUAUUGGUCACUUGUCACUCGCUAUCCAUUUCAAAUGUGUAAAGUGUGUAAUAAAGUCUGGGAUGUUUCUAACA